AAAUUGUCAAGAAUCGUCCAUGAUGAAAAUCUAUAAUAUCACAUUGCAGUAAAUUAAAAAAUCUAUUGAGUAUUUUUUUCAUAUUCCUGAAAUAUAUUUCAUCUGAAUUGUUUUAAAUACAAAAUUAAAAUGGUAAACGAAGAAAAUUCUUCCGGCGAUGCGUCGGAUAAAUUAGUACCUAGUGAUAGCGCUCCGAGACAAAACGAGAUGUCUAAUGAAAAUGUCGAUAUUACUCCACAAAGUGAUGAGCAGAGGCAGAGGCAGCCAACAAAAAUGGAAUCAUUUCUUGCUAUAACAAAAUCUUUGAUUAUUAGAGGUUUAGUUGUUUACCUUAUAACAUCAAUGUUUCGUCAGCCCUCACCACCUAAGGCCGACGUGAAUAGUCCUUCAGGAGUAGCUAGACUGCCUGCUAUUAAUAUGUUCCCUAAUGGAACAGUUGUAGAUAUGUACACCUAUCUGUCAGAAAAAGAAUUUUUAUAUCAAUUUGAAGAUGCUAAGUUAUUAUGGAAGCUUCCAGGAUUAAUUUACGGUGAUUGGCAUGGAGGUCAAAAUGGAGAUGGCACAUUUACUCAAUCUGCGGAAUUUAUAGCACCAGAGAGUUUAAAAAAUAAUGGGUCUAUAUACCUCCAUGUUUAUGUUGUGCCAGUCGGAAAAUCCCCUGAUCCAAAAGAUAAAGUUAAUUAUGCGGGACCUUACAUUACAUAUGGAAAGAAAAUGGUUAAUAAAUAUAAAAAAUUAAAAUAUCAAAAGACUCAUAAUUUAUUAACCGGGCAAACGGAGAAGUCUGAGGAGGAAGUAAAAAAAGCUGAAACAUUGAAAGAGGAGAUUGUAUCACACUGGCAUCCCAACUUAACAAUAAAUCUGGUAACAGAUCAAACUAACUGGAUGCAGGGUAGUGUGCCACCACCUCUUGAUGAGUUCAUCCAUUUCUUACCUGAAGGGAAGGAGUAUAAGCCUGCAGUGUUCCUAAAUGACUAUUGGAACAUGUUGAGAGAUUAUGUUCCUCUCAAUAAGACUACCACUAAGCUCCAAUUACAGCUUACUUUCCAACCUCUUAGUCUAUUUAAAUGGCAAUUAUAUACCGCUCAGGCUAUGAGAGAUAAGUUAAACAUGUUUUCAGCAUUAGGUGCUGAAGAACAAGAUGAGGAACAAGAUACUGUCAAAGAAUUACUAUUAGAUACAUCCCCUUAUUUGCUAGCAUUGACUAUUUCAGUCUCUAUCCUCCAUUCAAUAUUUGAGUUGCUGGCAUUCAAAAAUGAUAUUCAGUUCUGGAAUAACCGACAAUCUCUCGAGGGUUUAUCCGUCAGAUCGGUUUUCUUUAACGUUUUCCAAUCGACGGUGGUACUACUUUACGUGUUAGACAAUGAGACAAAUGUUAUGGUGAGAAUUUCAUGCUUUAUAGGUCUGUUGAUUGAGGUAUGGAAGAUCAACAAAGUAAUGGAUGUUAAGUUAAAUAGAGAAGAUAGGAUAUUGGGAUUUCCAAAGUUAUCGUUUAAAGAUAAGGGUUCUUAUGUAGAAUCUAGUACUAGAGAGUAUGAUAUUCUAGCCUUCAGAUAUCUCAGCUGGGGCUGCUUCCCACUGCUCAUUGGAUAUGGAGUGUAUUCUUUACUAUAUCUAGAACACAAAGGAUGGUAUUCGUUUAUUCUGAACAUGAUGUAUGGGUAUCUGCUUACCUUUGGCUUUAUUAUGAUGACGCCACAGUUGUUUAUUAAUUACAAAUUGAAGUCGGUGGCUCAUUUGCCAUGGCGCAUGAUGACAUACAAGUUCCUUAAUACAUUCAUCGAUGACAUCUUUGCAUUUGUUAUCAAAAUGCCAACAAUGUACCGCCUGGGAUGUUUCAGAGAUGACAUUGUAUUCUUCAUAUUCCUCUAUCAGCGAUGGAUCUACAAAGUCGAUCACAAGAGAGUCAAUGAGUUUGGUUUCUCCGGGGAAAUGGAACAGCAGAGACAAGUAGAUGGGAACGGCACCCUCGCCAUUGAGGGACAGGAUAAAGCUGAUAAGAAAAACGAUUAAGUAUUAGUAAAAUUUUAGCUAGUAUUUAAUAAUGAGCUAUAAAUUAUAUGUAACUGGUGAAUGUUGCUUGACGAAAUCAUUUUGUUGUUGAAGAAACACAUUGUAUUUCAUUAAGGUUUCCGUGGAUAUAAUUUCUAAAUGUCUAUGCAUUUAUGUAAUGUAGAAUGUAAAUUACUACAAGUCUUAUCAUGGAUGUAUUUUACUAGUUUAUAAAUUAAUUUAAGACGGAAUAAUGUAACCUAUUUUCAUUACUAGCACAAAAUAAUUAAUAAUAUAUUGUCAUAUAAUACCAUAGACGUAGAGUAAUCCGGAGUAACUGCACUUAGUAUAUUAAAUUAGUGAAAUUUAUUUAUGAACAUUGUUUUGUGACCUCACAGAUUCAUGAUAUUUGUUGACAUUGUAUUUAUAUUGUUAAAGUUUUAGUGCUAUCAUGUUUUUAUCAUGUUCUACAUCUCUUUCAAGAUUUUAAUGUUUAUGUAUUUACUGAUAGUAGCAAUAGCUUUGCGUUGUUGAAUACAUAUUUUUAAUUUAUAUAAAAAUUACUUUAAAUUGAACAAUAAAAUAAAAUGAGAGUUUUGUGUGUUGUGUGCGGGCUGUUAAAUAGCUACUUUAUAUAUUUCUCACUAAGACAUAUUCAUGUUUACAUUAGAUAAAAAAAUAUAUAUGAUACCAUUAGGGUAUUUUCUAUAAUUAAUGCCAAUUAAAUUCCUUUGUUGUUGAAGAUAUGUUUAGUUUCAUUGUUCAAGUCUUGUUAAUACAGAAAUGGCAAUGUUGGUGUUCCUUAUUGUAAUCUUUCCUUGAUAUGGUAUGUUUCAAUGUUGCCAAGCAAUAAUAUGGGCUGUUUAUUAUUUAGUAUGUGUGAAUGUGACUAUGAUAAUUAGAUAAUCUGCUUUUAAAUUACUUGAAUUCAAUGAGGUUUUUAUUCUUAAAUUAAUUAAUUUUAUUACAGUUAUUUAUUCUUAUUAAAAUGUUUACAAAUUCUGGUAUUUUAAAAUUUUCUUAAGUUACAAUAUAGUUUUAAUUCCAAACAGUUAUUGUUUGAAGUAUUUAGUCUGUAGCUCAAUAAAUCGUUGUUGCAAAA